GAGCUGACAGCUAGUGAGGAGGAGCCUGGAGAUACACUGAGACGCAACCUGAAGGCUCAGAGACAGAGGAGGAAGAAAAAGGUAUUAAAGUUAGCAUUCAUUGGCUCCUAGAGUCCUAGCUAUAACCAUCACCACUUUUUCUGCUGAUUAAUAGUCUUAACAUUUUUACAUUUAAAUUUUCGUCAUUUAGCAGACGCUCUUAUCCAGAGCGACUUACAAAUUGGUUCAUUCACCUUAUGAUAGCCAGUGGGACAACCACUUUACAAUAGUUUUUUUGGGGGGGGGGUUAAGGGGGGGUACUUUAUCCUAUCCCAGGUAUUCCUUAAAGAGGUGGGGUUUCAAGUGUCUCUUAAACUUAAACCCCUCUGUUAUUACAGAGUAGUAGUACUACUAGUAAAGUAUUUUCUGGCUGUUUCAUUAAAUGGGUCCUCUUACAAAAUGUUGACACUUGCUCCCUCUCCUAGCUUGAGGAGGCAUCUACAGAUGAGACACCUGAUGACUCAGUGGUGGAGCCCCAUUAUGAGACAGUGGUGGAGGUCACUGCUGUUCAACAGAUCAGCCACGAUGAUGAGAAACAAGAGGAGCCUGUCAUCGUGUCCAGUCCCACUCACUCCCAGAGAGGAGGUGAGACUGUCUAUCCUGCAUGUCCUCUAACCUGUCCCUCCCUAGCCUGGUCCCAUACUUGCCAACUCUUCUACCGCUGUCAAACCAUAAAUUGGCUUGACCAUGAGCUAACACAGAGAGGAGUUGGUUAACAGCCCAAACAGACUGGACUACCAGGGUCGUUUCUCCCUACUCUGUCUCCCAUAGGUGUUGUUUCAUACCUGUCUCUCCCCUCAGACCUGCCACCCCGGCCUCAGGCCACACCCACGCCCAGCUCGAGCCACUCAGAGAGCUCCACCAUGAGACAGCGAAUGAGAGACAAGUUGAGGGCAGCCAGGGUAAACACAGCCUCGCUCUACUCAAUAUUUAUUAUUGAUUAACUACAGAGUUUCCUAAUUCUGUAUAAUUUCCUAUUCAAAGGUGUCAGGACCAAGCUCCCUGUUUAGUCUCCACAAAUCUCAUUGUUUGAUUGAAAUUGUAUUGUCUCUUGUACACUUCAUCAGUCCAAAGCAGAAAGUCUUCUGCAGCAGGAGGCUUCCUUGGAGGCGCCAGCUAGUCGCUUGCAGAGUCUCAGAGACCGAGACACUCUCACCAGGUUUGACAGAGAGGUGAGGACCUAACCGUGGACUUCGACUCACUUUCUUCACUGUCUAUGUGCAUAUAUUAGUCCAGUACCAGCAUCACUGUACUGAGAUUAUCCUUUAUUGGAGAAUUCGUUAACCAUAUUUUGAAUAAUGUAAUUCACUAUGCUAACUAGCCUGUCAGUGAAGGUCAUGAUCUGCUGAUGUUUUACAGACAGAGCCAGACCUCAGGGCGGGGAGAGAUGACCACUCUUCUCCCCUCAACGCCAAAGUCAAGUUCCGAGAGACAGUCAGGCGUGUCAGGAUGGAGAGUAAAGUGAGUGGCCAAACGGCUCUCCUUUGGUUCUUGUAAUCUAGAUAGAUUAUAUGACCCAGGUUAAUGAUUUCAUCAAUGUACUGUGUUUUAUUGCAAAUGUAGUCGGAGAUGGAUUUACCCACAGCGGAGGAGGCCUACAAUUUUUUCACUUUCAACUUUGACCCGGAACCCCAUGAAGAGGCGGGCAAAGGUCGAAAGAAGAGAAAGUCAAGGACAGAAGGGGAGAAUGACAAUGAAGGAGAGGAAGAGGAGGAGGAAGAGGUCACUGAAGUGGACAGGGAGCAGCUAGGGGAGAAUGAGGAGCGGGUAAAACUAGCAUAGAUAAUUAUCAAUUUUCAACUCAUGAAUUGAAUUAAAAUGUAAUUGACCUAGACCCUGAAAACUAGCCUGACUGAAAACAAGGGUAGAAGUACUCCCAGAGUACAAAUGGCAUGAGUAGCAUAUAUUGUUGCCAUUGAUUGCUAAUGAUUGCAGCAUCUGUGUGUAAUUAGCUGUAAAAGAUAUGGGACCCUGAGACCCUCCUAAAUCAGUUGGCUAGGACCGUGACAGGAUAGUGUUUCUGGUCUUGGAUCAGCAUCGAUGCUGAAGGCACCAUAUGUUAGAUGAAAGACAACUCUCCUCUGACUGCCAUUUGAUCUUGGCUAGUGAGAGAGGCCUGAGCCACAUUGAUUUAACAUAUAGCAUAGGCACAUCUCCCCUCUCUGUCAGUCUGUGUACUUGAACAACAUACAGUAUGUCCAUAAACAUCAUCACUUAUCAAUUAGUCAUGAAUCCUGUUAAUAACUUGACCAUUACAGGCCUAAUAUUUCAUUUCCUGGAUAAUGUUAAUUUUUAAAGACUUCAGUAUGGCAGUAUGUUUUGCUGGUGAGGACGUCAGUUUGGCUGUAGUAUUGAUGCAUCUUGUCCUCUGUGACCCCUCCCGCCCCAGGAUGAGGAUGCUCCUCUAGUGAAAGAUGAAGAGGAGGAUCUGUUCAUUAUCGACCAAUCAGCACAUGACUUCCUGGUGGUGAAGAGGGCGGAGUACAUGGGCUACCAGAGGCGUCUUCAGAGCGAGAUUGACUUCCUCUUCACCCCAAGCUUUUUGACAGGUACCCACCCCAAUAAAAGCACACCAGUCAUUUUGUACAGACAGAACUAUAACACCACUAGACCUGUAGUCUCAGAGCAGGUAUCCACCCUAACCCAACCGCACCUGUAAUGCAGCCAGACCGGUAGUCUGAAGACAGGCAACCACAUAAAUCUGAUGCCAGGCAGAAUCUUUCCUACAGCUAGGACAGCAGGACCCCCAUGUGGAGGACAGUCAGCCAGGCUCACUAUUAAGGGCAGAUCCCCCUGAAGUCUGAACAUGACCUCUGGAGUGUCCUCAGUAUGAGAUAGGUGCACCAACAUAGCCAUUCUGAAGAACAGGUACCAAACCCUAACUAACACAGCCCAUCGCAACUCACUUUCCUCAUGAUGUGUGCACUGCAUAUAUAAUUGUGUUAUAAGAUGGUCUCUUUGAAUGUCUAUGUACUCUAUAUAUGUUGACUGUCUAUCUAUGCUUCAGUGCCAGCCUCCAGUAAAGUACCAGAGAACAUGCAGCCCCGUUAUCUGGAGGACGAGGGACUAUACGUGGGGGAGAGGCCUCCCAUAUCCCUGACCAAUCAGAACAUCUUAGAGAACCGUGUCUUGAAACAGCAGCAGGUAAAAGAGUCACUGUACCACUAGAACAUGAUGUGAGCUUUAGUGGGCGAUGUCAGCAUCAAUUCUGAUUUAGCGACUAUUAAUCUGCUCAGGGGAGGAAGUGGUUUGGAGACGACGGCAGGAUCAUAGCUCUGCCUGACCCCAUUAAAGAGUCAUCCACCAGACCUCCUCUGUUCCACAUGGAGGAAGACCUGGAUCCGGCCCUGCAGACUGUCUAUAGGAAGGUAACACACAGACCAUAGAAUUAAAAUGGACAAUAUAAUUAAUUAUAUUUGUAUAACAAAGACACACCUCCACCGUGCUCACCUCAUGUAAUCCUUAUCUAUCUAUAGUACUCAAACUAGUCCUAUAGCACCUGACAUGUUUCUGCACUGGAAAAUAAUCACUUGUCUGCCAUAUCCUCGUCUUAAUAUCCAUUAAUAAACAUAAACACAUUGCUCUCCACACAUAAACAACCUUACAGAAUGUUCAAUCCCAGUGUCACUGAACUGAAAGACUGCUGCUUACCCAAUAAAUUACUGGGAGCUAGAGUAUAUAGAGUGUGCGACUCUCUUUAUUUAUUUUUAUAGCCUGCUGCUUGGCAACAUGAAUUGGCAAUAAUAUUGUUCUCGAUGAGUGUAACGUUUGGAAGUAGCUCCAGCUGUCAGAUGAGUUCACCAGGACAACAAAGACUGUAUUAUAGCAGGAGGUUAAGAGUUACAAUACAACGCCAUUUAGGGUCGUCAUGUGGUUAUUUCUACAAUUCCUUAUUACUACAAGUCCUUAUGGAGUAGUUUAUCUUCUCUCUCAUUCUCUCUCUCUCUGUCUCCGUCACACACACAAAAACAUACACACACAUAUGCAGAUAUGAUUACAUCUGUAGUAUGAUACUCUCUAGAGUUCUAGUGUUUGAUUACCUCUGUUCCUUUGUGGUACAGGCACUGAAGUCGAAGCAUGCCAGUCAGUACAUCGCAGGAGAAGGGGACACGAACGGGGACUACCAGAUGGAUGUGGACGUCUCAGGGCUCAUCUUCUCCCAUCACCCCCUCUUCAGCCGGGAGCACGUCCUAGGAGCACGCCUGGUCCAGCUUUACGACCAGCACCUCAGCAGGCAGCACAAGAACGUCACAGAACACCUCACUACCAAGGUAAAGCACAGAACACCUCACUACCAAGGUAAAGCACAGAACAGAGAAUUAGAAUAUAAAUCGUGAUAUUUCUAUUGCACAAAGGCUAUUCAGCAGUGGCACCAACUCUGACUUACCCUAAACUGACUCCUCUCCUUCUCUAGAUCUAGAGAUGUCUAGUGUGAUUUGUUUAUUCAGUAAAUAAAUGAUGAGUAAAAGUCAAAGAAUUGGUGGUGGCUAAUACUGGUUUAUGUCUGCUGUAGCUGAAUGGGUUGAGGAACGCUGUUCGGAACAUGCUGGAGAUCCACGGUAGGCAGGGCCUAACUCCUGUCAUGCAGCAGAGGAUAUCUGAGUAUAAACAGGAGGUGAAGAACACUCGCAGGCUGCGGGACACUGAGCAGGAGAAGGACAGAUCCCUGCUGAAGAGCAUCAUCAAGGUCUGGAAGGAGAUCAAAGCCCUGAGGGACUUCCAGAGGUUCACCAACACACCAUACAAGCUUUACCUCAGGAGGUAAUGGAACAUACCCCAUCAUUUAGGACUCUGUGUUACUGUAUUAAGAUGGAAAAACAUUGUCCAAUGUUCAGGAGGUACUGUCACAAUGUAGAUGGCCCCUGUACUAUGUGUAGGAGUGUACUGUUGGUGAUAUUGUUUAUAUGUUGAUUGUUGUGGAUGAUCCUGUGCUUGGUGUUGAUAACUGAUCUGUGUCCCCCUCUGCUCCAGGGAGGAGAGGGUGCGGGCCUCAGAUGAGCGGGAUCAUGAGGCUGAGAUCCAGGCUGAAGUGGAUGAGCUGCAGGGGGAGAUGGAGGAAGACUACCAGAAGAAGGUCACUGAGUACAAGAGACAGCAGGAGGAGUGGAAGGCCUGGAGGAGGAAACAGGUAUGUAUCACCCCUAAGAUUAAGUAUGGGGGCCUUGACAAUCCUGGUUUAUGAAUAGAUUGUUUUUGAUCACAUACAUUUUCUCACACUCAGAAAGCCAAAGAGAAGAAGAAAAAGAAGAAGAAAACCCAGUCUCAGGAUGAUGAUGACGAAGACGAUGAUGAUGACCAGUCAGAGGGUGACACGGAGCUGGGACCCUCGAAGCCAGACCCUCCUGAGGAACCAGACAUGGAGGGUGUUGAGGAGCAGGUCAGAGAGAAGGCCUCCAGAAUCAGGAGGAAACCAGGGGAACCCAUCCUGAUGCCUGAACUCACUGCAUCUGGACCCAUCACUCCUAAUGAACAGUGUCCCAGGUACGAACAGGAAAACAGUUAAAGGGACAUAACACUUUCAAAUCAAAGCUUGUCAGAUAUUUUCAGACCUCUAAGGGACAUGGUUUCUUCUUGACGUUAGUCUAAUUUUGAGGUCUGAAAACCACUGAAAAACUUUUGAGAGUGAAAUGUCCAUUUAAGAGGGGUCCAGCUAGAGGGGUUCUAAAAGUCCACAGAACAGGAGAUCCAUAUUUCACUUGCAUGACUGUGUCUGUUCUUCCCCACAGGGGAGAGUUUGCUAGAAGAGAGGAUGUUGCAAAGCGCUAUCUCUUCACUAAGGUUUUAUACAAUGACAAAGAAGUCUCCAGAACAGACAAUCGCUCCCUAAACUCAGAUUUCAGAGUCCACUUUGGUCAGAUAUUCAACCUGAAGAUAGUCAACUGGCCAGAAAGCAUAAAGUUGCAGGUGAGGUUAUAUUGGAUUUCAGUUAAUGAUUUUUAAAACAAAAUUAUUGAACUAAAUCAAUGAUUUUUGAGAUGACAUUAUCGUAAUUUAUCUUCAUGUUAUCUCUAAUGAAUGUAUUUAUUUCAGACACAUUUAAACCUCCUGUUAUUCUUGUUGUUCUGUGGGUGUGUAGGUGUUUGAGGUGUUGGGCUCGUCCACCUCCCUGUUGGCAGAGGUGUUUGUGCCAGUCCCAGAGUCCUCAGUCCUGACGGGCAGUGCCCCCUCUGAGGAGCUGGAGUUCAGCAGCAACCUGAGGGUCAUGUUUAACCACGAGGCCGUCGGCAGCGGUACACACUGCACACACCCAUACAUACACACACUGUGCAUAUUUAUACUUGGACAUAUCUCUUACACCCUUCUCUCUCUCUUUCUUUGGUCUCUCUCUGCUCUCCAUUUGCCCUGUCAGAUGUGCCCUUCUCCUUUGAGACGGAUGGUAGUAACCGUCAGACCCUGCUGACCUCUGGGAAGCUGUCCUGCUGUGUGUCCUGGGCUAUAGGGGAGGAUGAUGUACCCCUGGCCCCGCCCACCACUCAGUCCAAGGCCAUGCACAGGUACGUACAGUAGAAACACUAUAUCUAGUAAGGUGAAUUACUGCAGUCCUAUUUUAUGUUACUGCCUACGUUCAUAAAUAAGUACAUGUAUUUCUCCUCCUCUCUCUUUGUCUGUGCAGUGGACUGAAACAGUUGGAUGCCAUCGCCUGCAUCGGGGCAUCUAGUCUUAAUGAUAUGAAGAAGCUUGGGGAGUGGGCCACUGAAUCUAGAUUGGAUCCCAAUGACCCAAACAACGCAGCCAUCAUGCAACUCCUAAAGGUGGGUGACUAGACACUACACAUUACUAAGAGAUCACAGGUCCAUAUUACCCAGAUACCACAGUGAGCAGGAGACUGCACUAAACUGUUUAUACAGUCCCAUAUACUUCACUGUUUGCAUGACCUCUCUCUCUAUCAUAAUAAUGACCUCUCUCUCUCUCUAUCAUAAUAAUGACCUCUCUCUCUAUCAUAAUAAUGACCUCUCUCUCUCUCUAUCAUAAUAAUGACCUCUCUCUCUCUCUAUCAUAAUAAUGACCUCUCUCUCUCUCAUAUAUAAUGACCUCCUCUCUCUCUCUAUCAUAAUAAUGACUCUCUCUCUACUAUGAAUAAUGACCCUCUCUCUCUCUCUAUCAUAAUAAUGACCUCUCUCUCUCUCUAUCAUAAUAAUGACCUCUCUCCUCUCUCUAUCAUAAUAAUGACUCUCUCUCCUCUAUCUCUUACUCCUCUCUCUCUCUAAUAUACUCUCUCUAUCCUAUAAUAAUGACCUCUCUCUCUCUCACUAAUAUCUCUCUCUCUCAUCAUAAUAAUGACCCUCUCUCUCUCUCUCAUCAUAAUAAUGACCUCUCUCUCUCUCUCUAUCAUAAUAAUGACUCUUCUCUCUCUCUCUCUAUCAUAAUAAUGACCUCUCUCUCUCUCUCUAUCAUAAUAAUGACCUCUCUCUCUCUCUCUAUCAUAAUAAUGACCUCUCUCUCUCGUACAUCAACAUCUCUCUCUAUCUAUAUAAUAAUGAAAUGACCUCUAUAUAUAUAUCUAUCAUAAUAGUGACCUCUCUCUCUCUCGACUCUAUCAUAAUAAUGGACUCGUCUCUCUUCUCUCUCUCUCUCUCUCUCUCUCUCUCUCUCUUCAUAAUAAUGACCCUCUCUUCUCUCUCUCUCUCUUCUUCUAUCAUAAUAUGACCGAUCCCCUCUUCUCUUCUCUUCGAUCCAUAAUUAAUGAACCUCUCUCUCUCCUCUAUCAUAAUACUGACCUUCUCUCUCUCUCUAUCAAUUAAAUAAUGACAUCUAUCUCUUCUUCAUAAUAUGACUCUCUCUCUCUCUUCUAUCAUAAUUAAUGACCUCUAUCUCUAUUCAUAAUAAUGACCUCUCUCUCUCUCUAUCAUAAUAAUGACCUCUCUCUCUCUCUAUCAUAAUAAUGACCUCUCUCUCUCUCUAUCAUAAUAAUGACCUCGCUCUCAUAAUAAUGACCUCUCUCUUUCUCUCUAUCAUAAUAAUUGACCUCUCUCUCUCUCUAAUCAUAAUACAUAAUGACCUCUCUCUCUCUUAUCAUUAAUAAUGACCGCUCUCUCUCUCUAUUCAUUAAUACAUGACACUCUCUCCUCCUCUAUCAUAAUAAUGGACCUCUCUCUCUCUCUAAUCAUAAUAAUGAACCUCUCUUCUCUCUCUAAUCAUAAUAAUGACCUCUCUCUCUCUCUCUCUCUCUCUCUCUCUAUCAUAAUAAUGACCUCUCUCUCUCUAUCAUAAUAAUGACCUCUCUCUCUCUCUCUCUAUCAUAAUAAUGACCUCUCUCUCUCUCUAUCAUAAUAAUGACCUCUCUCUCUCUCUAUCAUAAUAAUGACCUCUCUCUCUCUAUCAUAAUAAUGACCUCUCUCUCUCUCUAUCAUAAUAAUGACCUCUCUCUCUCUCUAUCAUAAUAAUGACCUCUCUCUAUCAUAAUAAUGACCUCUCUCUCUCUCUAUCAUAAUAAUUCUCUCUCUCUCCAUAAGGUGGCCAGUAGUGGGGAGGUGACAGCUCCAAAUUACUUCAGACUGGAGCAGCUGCAGGAGGAGUUCAACUUCCUCUCUGAGGAGGAAAUUGAGCAGUCUCGCAGGUUCCGUCUGCUCCGGCUCAGAAACCAGGAGGUGGCUGAGUUCCGUAACUAUAAAUGUGUCCCUGCCCUGGAGCGGGAGGUCACUGAUAAGGUGUUCCAGGUAAGGCACUGUAUACUUUAUAAGAUUACUAAUAAGGUUUAAUUAGCCUGACAACAUGUUCAACUUUAUGAUUUUUGUCCUUUUCAGGAAUAUGAGAGGAGAUUGAGAGAAGGAGAAAUCGUUGACACUAAGGAUCACCUAGAUGCACACAGAGUCCUGGUGGCCAAAUACCUGCAGAAGGUGAGUAGACGUGUCGGGCAGUUAGCUUUGACUCUGGAGUCUUGUCUGUGUGGAUCUGCUCAUAUUAAUCAUAUUGAUUUAUUUGGCUCUCUCUGUCUUUCAGAUUAGAGAAUCAGUCAUCAACCGCUUCCUCAUCGCCAAGCAUAAUUUCCUCCUGUCUGACCUGGUCCAAGAAGAGGAAGUUCCUAGUAUUGGGUAGAUACAUUUGUGCAUUUUCAUACUUGUGAAAUCAUAUCAAGGCAGAAUUUUUGUGCAAAUAUUCUUAUAUACUAGAUAGAAUAUAGUCAUUGUGCUUGUUUGAGUCAUCAGUGUAUUUAGGUAGGUAGCAUCACAUUAUUUUGCUUUGCAUGUGUGACGAGCUAGCAUUUGCCCCAAUACUUGCCUGGCUGUCUUUUUUGCAUUGGAUUGUUCAAAUUGUUGUGCUCAAGUGUUCGUGUUUAGGUUAAUGGGAAUUGCAAGAUGGGUUAUAACCUGUUGUAAAUCUGUCAUAAAGACUGACAGGGUCUAAGUAGAUCACAGAAUAGAUCACAGGCCAGAGGAAUGAGUUUCUCUUUGGCCGGUGGGUCUCUGGAAUAUUUGAUCUCAAACACUGCAUUCCCCUGGCUGAAGAGAUGUUCUCUUUUGGAGAAUCUGAAAGCACGUUCUUCUAUUUUUACACCACAUCUGGAUGUGACACUUAGCAGCCUUUAUCAACACAUGACAUUGUAAUUAUUAUCAUCAUUAUAGUUAUUUAAAAUGUCACAUUACUUUGCUUGUUCAUUAUUUGAUCAUCAUUUUUUCUAUGUCCCAUUUCUCUGUUAUGCUUUGCAUUGACAUAUUUAGUGGUGCAGGCCCUGGGUAUGUUCAUAGGUCUUUUCUCCUCUUUUCACCAUCCUCUGUUUGUGGCUGUUAGUUUGUUUCCUUUUAGUUUAUUUAUCAUUAGACUGUACACUGUUAGAAAAAAGGAUUCCAAAAGGGUUCUUUGGCUGUCUCCAUAGGAUAACCCUUUUUGGUUCCAAGGAGAAUCCUUUUUGGUUCCAGGGAGAACCCUUUUUGGUUCUAUGUAGAACCCUCUGUGGAAAGAGGCCUACAUGGAACCCAAAAGGGUUCUACCUGGAAUCAAGAAGGGUUCUACUAUGGGGACAGCCGAAGAACCCUUUUAGGUUCUAGAUAGCACCUUCUUUUCUGAGUAUAGUGUUAGUGUCGUAUAUCAGGGUACUAUUGGUAUUUGUGUAAAUCAUCCCCCAACAGUAAGUAAACAGUUGGAAGAUAUAGAGUAUGUAUGUGGUAGUAUGGUCUGUGUUUACCCUGGAAAGUGAAGGAGAAGAUAUUCUUCCUCUGGUUUCUCUGGAAUGACAGCUGUUGUUUUGACCGUCAGGAUUCUUGGACUGAAUCUGUUCAAGCUGGCUGAACCCAAGCGGCCCCUGAAGCCUCAGAGGAAAGAGAGGAAGAAAGUAACAGCUCAGAAUCUGUCUGACGGGGACAUUAGAUUACUUCUCAACAUUAUCCGGGCCUACGACAUCCCCAUCCGCAAGCCCCAUGCCAGGUACGACCUCAGAACUUCUAGUCACAUGCUGGGUAUAUUACAUCUACAGACAUCCAUAAAACCUCACACAACAUCUUCAGACAUGAAAGAACAAGAAAUAUUUAAUUUACUGCAGCAAUGAGGUCAUGCUGGAGAGUAUUAUGUGUACAACAUUCCUGGACUAUUUUAAACUCCUAAUGCUUAUCUCUUUUCCCAGCAAACCUGCUGUGGCAUCUAAGUCGGUCCGCUCUUUCACUGAGACGUUUACAGCAGGCCAGUCAUCCCAGAGUGCCAUCCAGGGCAGCGAUUGGCUCCUCAACCAGGUAACACAUGUCUGCUCUUCACCUGGAUCAGUGGCUGUAACUGCAGAAUAUUCCCUUAAUGUGUGUGUAUAUUUGUCUGUAUUAGUUUGUCUUACGUGUGUACAGUGAGGGAAAAAAGUAUUUGAUCCCCUGCUGAUUUUGUACGUUUGCCCACUGACAAAGACAUGAUCAGUCUAUAAUUGUAAUGGUAGGUUUAUUUGAACAGUGAGAGACAGAAUAACAACAACAAAAUCCAGAAUUUUUUUAUAAAUUGAUUUGCAUUUUAAUGAGGGAAAUAAGUAUUUGACCCCUCUGCAAAACAUGACUUAGUACUUUGUGGCAAAACCCUUGUUGGUAAUCACAGAGGUCAGACGUUUCUUGUAGUUGGCCACCAGGUUUGCACACAUCUCAGGAGGGAUUUUGUCCCACUCCUCUUUGCAGAUCUUCUCCAAGUCAUUAGGGUUUCGAGGCUGACGUUCGGCAACUCGAACCUUCAGCUCCCUCCACAGAUUUUCUAUGGGAUUAAGGGCUGGAGACUGGCUAGGCCACUCCAGGACCUUAAUGUGCUUCUUCUUGAGCCACUCCUUUGUUGCCUUGGCUGUGUGUUUUGGGUCAUUUUCAUGCUGGAAUACCCAUCCACGACCCAUUUUCAAUGCCCUGGCUGAGGGAAGGAGGUUCUCACCCAAGAUUUGACGGUACAUGGCCCCGUCCAUCGUCCCUUUGAUGCGGUGAAGUUGUCCUGUCCCCUUAGCAGAAAAACACCCCCAAAGCAUAAUGUUUCCACCUCCAUGUUUGACAGUGGGGAUGGUGUUCUUGGGGUCAUAGGCAGCAUUCCUCCUCCUCCAAACACGGCGAGUUGAGUUGAUGCCAAAGAGCUCGAUUUUGGUCUCAUCUGACCACAAUGCUUUCACCCAGUUCUCCUCUGAAUCAUUCAGAUGUUCAUUGGCAAACUUCAGACGGGCCUGUAUAUGUGCUUUCUUGAGCAGGGGGACCUUGCGGGCGCUGCAGGAUUUGAGUCCUUCACGGCGUAGUGUGUUACCAAUUGUUUUCUUGGUGACUAUGGUCCCAGCUGCCUUGAGAUCAUUGACAAGAUCCUCCCGUGUAGUUCUGGGUUGAUUCCUCACCGUUCUCAUGAUCAUUGCAACUCCACGAGGUGAGAUCUUGCAUGGAGCCCCAGGCCGAGGGAGAUUGACAGUUAUUUUGUGUUUCUUCCAUUUGCGAAUAAUCGCACCAACUGUUGUCACCUUCUCACCAAGCUGCUUGGUGAUGGUCUUGUAGCCCAUUCCAGGCUUGUGUAGGUCUACAAUCUUGUCCCUGACAUCCUUGGAGAGCUCUUUGGUCUUGGCCAUGGUGGAGAGUUUGGAAUCUGAUUGAAUGAUUGCUUCUGUGGACAGGUGUCUUUUAUACAGGUAACAAGCUGAGAUUAGGAGCACUCCCUUUAAGAGUGUGCUCCUAAUCUCAGCUCGUUACCUGUAUAAAAGACACCUGGGAGCCAGAAAUCUUUCUGAUUGAGAGGGGGUCAAAUACUUAUUUCCCUCAUUAAAAUGCAAAUCAAUUUAUAACAUUCUUGACAUGCGUUUUUCUGAUUGUUUUGUUGUUAUUCUGUCUCUCACUGUUCAAAUAAACCUACCAUUAAAAUUAUAGACUGAUCAUUUCUUUGUCAGUGGGCAAACGUACAAAAUCUGCAGGGGAUCAAAUACUUUUUUCCCUCACUGUGUGUGUUGUGAAUCUGUGUUUUCCAGGUGCAGGUCAGGCCCUUUGUGGAGGUAUCGUUCCAGCGCACGGUUCUUCAGACCACAACAGCAGACGGACCAAACCCCUGCUGGAACGAGGACCUGCAACUACCAUUUAGGUGAGUGUGUGACUGGUCCAUGACUGGUCUAAAUUGGGACAUCUCUUUGACCACACAUAGUCAAUUUCAUGAUCACAUGUAUGGUAUUAUCUAUGAAUGCUUUGUUUAGAAGAUUUAUCAAGCAUUGUUUUUGUUUUUUUGCCACAGUGCCCCAAAUGGAGACUACAGCACUGCUAGCCUGCAGUCAGUGAAAGAUGAAGUCUUCAUCAACAUCUUUGAUGAAGUCCAUUAUGAAUUGGGAGGGGUGAGUAGGACAUCACUAGAAUGUGAAUCAAAGGGACUUUCCAUGCCCUCUGGCUCAGCAAAACAUAUUGCACAUUACAGCAUAGUUAACUACAGUAUCCAUACACUUUUCGUGUCAUUAUGUUUUAUCAGUUUAAAUCUUUCCUCUAUUUUCAGGAUGGAGAGGAUAGGGGGAGGGAAGUCCACACACGGCUAGAGAAACACUGGCUGGGCUCUGUGAAGAUUCCCUUCAGUACUAUCUACUUCCAGUCCAGGGUAAGACUGACUGUCUAUGACACCACACCACUGACUGACAGACAGACAGGGACUCACACUGACACAAGUAACUUACUGCUGUGGUUCUGUUGUCUAAUCUGAUCUGGCAGAUUGACGGCACGUUUAAGGUGGACACCCCACCGGUGUUGCUGGGAUACAGUAAGGAGCGCAGCAUGGCCAGUGAUGGUGGCUACGACGCUGUACGCAGUCUUAGUGAGGGAGCCUUCAUCACACUCUUCAUCACCAUAGAACCACAGCUGGUACCUGGAGAGACUGUUAGGGAGAAGGUAAGCUCAGCCUGGCAGGCUGUCUCUCUGUCUGUCCUAGCUGUCUCCAUGCUCUCUCUCUGUGUUUGGUCUGUCUGUCUUAGCUUUUCUGUUUUUUUAAUUUACCAAAUGCAUGAGUUAUUAACAUUUCAUUUCUUAAUUAUUUCUUUAUUCUCUGAAAGAGUGGGAUUUACGCCGAUUUGUUUCUUUAUUUUCUUUCAUCUGUCCUUUGCUGCAUUUGUUAGAUGAAGGAAGUAAAGGUAACUGUUUACUGUUUACUGCAGUAAACUGUAUGAACGGCAUUAACAUUGUGUUUUGAUUAGAUAGAUGUUGAGUACAGCACACUGUGACUAAUGUACCCAAGCAGUCUAACUGUCCAUUGUUCAGCGGUCCCACAUCAACAUCCCUCCUCCCUCACAGUUAUUAGUAGACUAGACACAAAUAGAUCCAGAUCAUCUGACUCUUGCUGAUCUAAGUGUACUGCUGUAGCUUUAUGGUGACCCCCCCCCACUCUACUCCUCUGACCUGAGACCCCUAUCCCAGUUUGACAGCCAGGAGGGCGAGCGUCUACUGCUGGCGUCAGAGGUCUUUGAGAGGGACGCAGCAGUAAGUUACCCCGACCGUCCCUGCCUCACCACCGUCAUCGACAUCAACGGGAAGACCGUGUUCAUCAGCCGCUACCUCCACUCCCUCAACCCCCCGCAGGAGCUGCUCGACGCCUUCCCCAACAGCCCCCAGGAGGCCACGGUCAGUCAGGUCUCCGCUGAGACAACACAGUCACUACUGAUAAUGGAGCCUCAGUCUGAUUCCUGAGUUAUAGCACUCUCAAGCUUUGACUGUUGCUUGAUUUCAUAGGUAGUCUCUCCCUCUCCUCCCCUCUCUCAAGGAGCUGAUAGCUCGGUACGUGUCUCUCAUCCCCUCUCUGCCUGAUAGCGUCUCAUUCGCUGGUGUCUGUGACCUGUGGAGCACCAGUGACGUGAGUGAAGCCGACAAAUUUUCAUAGACUCUGACAUCAUUGUAGAUUACAAUAGUCUUAGUAGACGGCGGGUUCUGAGUAAUUCUGGGUUUCCUUUUCCUGUUUGUAGCAAUUCCUGACCCUGCUGGCGGGCGAUGAGGAGGAACAUGCUGUACUGCUCUGUAAUUACUUCCUGUCUAUGGGCAAGAAGGUGUGGCUCAUCAUCGGCAGCGCCAUUCCUGAGGUGAGCAACACAAAGCUGGACAACAUGACUUCAAUCGAGUACAGGCUUAACGGAAUGACAACAGAGACAUCAUUUUAUUGAAUAGUUUGGGGUAGGCCUCGUCUCUGAGGAAUGCUCCUCAGAGCCAAAUGCUGAUGACAGGUUGCUCUAUGUUGGGCAGCUGGCAUCGAACCCCCACCCCCAAUGACGGACGUUAAGGUUAUUAUGCUGGUGGUGGGGAGGUGAAAGGUCGUUGGAAGACUGUUACUGCAAAACAUCAAGUGGGACAAGGUUUGAGUUGACAUAUACAGUGAGGGAAAAAAGUAUUUGAUCCCCUGCUGAUUUUGUACGUUUGCCCACUGACAAAGAAAUGAUCAGUCUAUAAUUUUAAUGGUAGGUUUAUUUGAACAGUGAGAGAUAGAAUAACAACAAAAAAAUCGAGAAAAACGCAUGUCAAAAAUGUUAUAAAUUGAUUUGUAUUUUAAUGAGGGAAAUAAGUAUUUGACCCCUCUGCAAAACAUGACUUAGUACUUGGUGGCAAAACCCUUGUUGGCAAUCACAGAGGUCAGACGUUUCUUGUAGUUGGCCACCAGGUUUGUACACAUCUCAGGAGGGAUUUUGUCCCACUCCUCUUUGCAGAUCUUCUUCAAGUCAUUAAGGUUUCGAGGCUGACGUUUGGCAACUCGAACCUUCAGCUCCCUCCACAGAUUUUCUAUGGGAUUAAGGUCUGGAGACUGGCUAGGCCACUCCAGGACCUUAAUGUGCUUCUUCUUGAGCCACUCCUUUGUUGCCUUGGCCGUGUGUUUUGGGUCAUUGUCAUGCUGGAAUACCCAUCCACGACCCAUUUUCAAUGCCCUGGCUGAGGGAAGGAGGUUCUCAACCAAGAUUUGACGGUACAUGGCCCCGUCCAUCGUCCCUUUGAUGCGGUGAAGUUGUCCUGUCCCCUUAGCAGAAAUACACCCCCAAAGCAUAAUGUUUCCACCUCCAUGUUUGACGGUGGGGAUGGUGUUCUUGGGGUCAUAGGCUGCAUUUUUCCUCCUCCAAACACGGCGAGUUGAGUUGAUACCAAAGAGCUCCAUUUUAGUCUCAUCUGACCACAACACUUUCACCCAGUUCUCCUCUGAAUCAUUCAGAUGUUCAUUGGCAAACUUCAGAUGGCCCUUUAUAUGUGCUUUCUUGAGCAGGGCGACCUUGCGGGCGCUGCAGGAUUUCAGUCCUUCACGGCGUAGUGUGUUACCAAUUGUUUUCUUGGUGACUAUGGUCCCAGCUGCCUUGAGAUCGUUGACAAGAUCCUCCCGUGUAGUUCUGGGCUGAUUCCUCACCGUUCUCAUGAUCAUUGCAACUCCACGAGGUGAGAUCUUGCAUGGAGCCCCAGGCCGAGGGAGAUUGACAGUUCUUUUGUGUUUCUUCCAUUUGCGAAUAAUCGCACCAACUGUUGUCACCUUCUCACCAAGCUGCUUGGAGAUGGUCUUGUAGCCCAUUCCAGCCUUGUGUAAGUCUACAAUCUUGUCCCUGACAUCCUUGGAGAGCUCUUUGGUCUUGGCCAUGGUGGAGAGUUUGGAAUCUGAUUGAUUGAUUGCUUCUGUGGACAGGUGUACCUUUAAGAGUGUGCUCCUAAUCUCAGCUCGUCACCUGUAUAAAAGACACCUGGGAGCCAGAAAUCUUUCUGAUUGAGAGGGGGUCAAAUUCUUAUUUCCCUCAUUAAAAUGCAAAUCAAUUUAUAACAUUUUUGACAUGCGUUUUUCUGGAUUGUUUUGUUGUUAUUCUGUCUCUCACUCUUCAAAUAAACCUACCAUUAAAAUUAUAGACGGAUCAUUUAUUUGUCAGUGGGCAAACGUACAAAAUCAGCAGGGGAUCAAAUACUUUUUUCCCUCACUGUAAAUACUCCCCUACAUUCAUGCCUAUUGGUUGAAAGAAAGGAAAGUGAUUAUUGCACUUGUGAGCCAAUAGGUUAAUCAGCAACCAUGGUGGAAUUGCCUUAGUGUGCCAUGCUAAUAGUCUGAAGUUAAUAGGUCAGUUAAUUACAUUCCACACGGUUGCUAAUAGGAAAGGAGGAAAACUGAUGAGGUAACAUUAUAGACACUACCCUAUAAAUACCUGCCAUGCUGAUGAGUGAGAUAGGAAGUGAUGUGAAUUAUAAGUUUACUAGAUGAAAAGUGACAAUCCAUUCAGACCAGCCUUACUGAUUGAAUUUUCGUAACUACAUUAGUCCAAAACAAAUGUAAAGAACUGCAUACUAGUGAAGACAGAUUACCAACAUUGACUUGUUUUACAGUUAGUCACCUGUUUCUAGGAAACCAUACACAAAAUUAAUAAUUUGAACAAAUAUUUAGGAAGAGGUCAUAAUUUCAUUUAGUCUGUGAAGGAAGAAACCACAUGGAAAAAGUGGUAAGCAAGUUAGGUCCAAAAAACUGAUUUUCACCAAGUCAAAUGAAUUUAUUGUGUUAGAGGUUUCAUGAAAAAUAAUAAUAAUAAUAAUAAUACACUGCUCAAAAAAAUAAAGGGAACACUAAAAUAACACAUCCUAGAUCUGAAUGAAUGAAAUAAUCUUAUUAAAUACUUUUUUUUUCUUUACAUAGUUGAAUGUGCUGUCAACAAAAUCACACAAAAAUGAUCAAUGGAAAUCAAAUGUAUCAACCCAUGGAGGUCUGGAUUUGGAGUCACCCUCAAAAUUAAAGUGGAAAACCACACUACAGGCUGAUCCAACUUUGAUGUAAUGUCCUUAAAACAAGUCAAAAUGAGGCUCAGUAGUGUGUGUGGCCUCCACGUGCCUGUAUGACCUCCCUACAACGCCUGGGCAUGCUCCUGAUGAGGUGGCGGAUGGUCUCCUGAGGGAUCUCCUCCCAGACCUGGACUAAAGCAUCCGCCAACUCCUGGACAGUCUGUGGUGCAACGUGGCGUUGGGACAUGAUGUCCCAGAUGUGCUCAAUUGGAUUCAGGUCUGGGGAACGGGCGGGCCAGUCCAUAGCAUCAAUGCCUUCCUCUUGCAGGAACUGCUGACACACUCCAGCCACAUGAGGUCUAGCAUUGUCUUGCAUUAGGAGGAACCCAGGGCCAACCACACCAGCAUAUGGUCUCACAAGGGGUCUGAGGAUCUCAUCUCAGUACCUAAUGGCAGUCAGGCUACCUCUGGCGAGCACAUGGAGGGCUGUGCGGCCCCCCAAAGAAAUACCACCCCACACCAUGACUGACCCACCGCCAAACCGGUCAUGCUGGAGGAUGUUGCAGGCAGCAGAACGUUCUCCACGGCGUCUCCAGACUCUGUCACGUCUGUCACAUGUGCUCAGUGUGAACCUGCUUUCAUCUGUGAAGAGCACAGGGCGCCAGUGGCGAAUUUGCCAAUCUUGGUGUUCUCUGGCAAAUGCCAAACGUCCUGCACGGUGUUGGGCUGUAAGCACAACCCCCACCUGUGGACGUCGGGCCCUCAUACCACCCUCAUGGAGUCUGUUUCUGACCAUUUGAGCAGACACAUGCACAUUUGUGGCCUGCUGGAGGUCAUUUUGCAGGGCUCUGGCAGUGCUCCUCCUGCUCCUCCUUGCACAAAGGCGGAGGUAGCGGUCCUGCUGCUGGGUUGUUGCCCUCCUACGGCCUCCUCCACGUCUCCUGAUGUACUGGCCUGUCUCCUGGUAGCGCCUCCAUGCUCUGGACACUACGCUGACAGACACAGCAAACCUUCUUGCCACAGCUCGCAUUGAUGUGCCAUCCUGGAUGAGCUGCACUAGCUGAGCCACUUGUGUGGGUUGUAGACUCCGUCUCAUGCUACCACUAGAGUGAAAGCACCGCCAGCAUUCAAAAGUGACCAAAACAUCAGCCAGGAAGCAUAGGAACUGAGAAGUGGUCUGUGGUCACCACCUGCAGAACCACUUCUUUAUUGGGGGUGUCUUGCUAAUUGCCUAUCAUUUCCACCUGUUGUCUAUUCCAUUUGCACAACAGCAUGUGAAAUUUAUUGUCAAUCAGUGUUGCUUCCUAAGUGGACAGUUUGAUUUCACAGAAGUGUGAUUGACUUGGAGUUACAUUGUGUUGUUUAAGUGUUCCCUUUAUUUUUUUGAGCAGUGUAGGAUGCUUGUAUCUAAACCAAAGUAGAUAAUUGAAAGACUGUUCGGGUCUCUAUAAGCUUCAAUAUGAGGGUCCUAAACCUAGCAUGAAAGUGUAUCCCUGUAGCUGUGUGAGCUAAUAUAGUCAAAAUGUUUGCUUUGGGGUAAGUUGAGUAAAUGGCCAUGGGGUAAACUGAGCCAAUGGUUGAGCCAAUGGCAAGUUGAGCAAAUUGAAGUGUUUUCUUCCCAGGCGUAAUGCAAGGCAUUGUUGCUGGGAUAUGAGGUAACAACAGGGCCUAUGUUAAAAGUGUUUGUUAGGUGUUAAACCAUUUUUAAAAUAUGCUUAAAGUGAUCAAAAGACAAAAAUGUGUUCGUGAUUGUGUUGAAAUGUGUUUGGGAUAUAAAGAUAGACAUGGUUUUAAAAGGGUAGUGGUAAUAUUUCAUUCAGUACAGACAUUUGUAGGCGGCUCAACUUACCCCAAACCUGGGGUAAGUUGUGCCAUGGGGUAAAAGUUGAGCCAAGAGACCACUUUUUUGGGGCAAGCUACGUUUUAAAAACUAAUGUUUACAUGAAUACUGAUUUCCAGGGACACACAACAUCCUGUUAGAAAGAAUACUAUAUUUCCGUAGUGAUGCUGAAUGUAGAAAAUGGUUCAACUUACCCCACUCUCCCAUACUAUAACAGCCCUGUUCUGUGGUAUCUGUUUUGUGAAAUCUGUCACCUCCCUGUCAUAGGGACCCACAGCGUACGUGCUGACCUAUGAGCAGAGUCGCUACCUCAUCUGGAACCCCAGCAGUGGUCAGUACUACGGUCAGUAUGACACCUUCUGCCCUCUACAGACUGUGGGAUGCCUGGUCAGCGCUGACAAUGUGAGUCAGUAUUCUAAUCUAAUCUACAUGAUAUGGCUGAAGUAAGAUGUUUUGUCUGAAAGGAUUCUCUAUAAACCAUAUUCACUCAAUCUUCUGUCCUCUAGGUAUGGUUCAACAUUCAGGUGUACACCUCUCCACUGAGGAUGAGUUUUGAUGUCACCAAAGCCAAACUCUGGAAACCGUUCUUCUCCAGGGCCUUUCCAAACCCUGGGCUGUCCAGUGUUCAGGUGAGGCGAAGUGUGACCAGUGGUCACCACGCAUGAUUUAUCUCUAAGACCUAGCCUCAGUAUCUCUCUGGACUUUGACCUGUACAGUGCUUACCUGUGCCUUCUGUCUUCUCUUCUCUGUUUAGCCUGAGGAGCUGGUGUAUCAACGCACAGACAAGGGAGUGGCUGCAGAGCUGCAGGACAGGCAAGUCAUUUAACCUAGAAAGAAUUAAACACAUCAUCAUAGUGCAUCACAGUAUAUGCAUAAUUAUACACAUAAUACUAAUACACCUCCACUUCUCUUAACAUCUCCCUUACCUGUAGGGUUGAGAAGAUUCUAAAAGAGAAGAUCAUGGAAUGGCGGCCCCGCCACCCGACCCGCUGGAACCGCUACUGCACCUCCACCCUGCGCCACUUCCUUCCAAAGCUGGAGCUGAGCGGCGGGAGGGACGUGGCCGAUGAGCACCGUCUGGAGUUACAGAGUCUACUAGGGGACUACAGGGUGAGUCUGGGCUGGGAGGGACAGGGGAGAGGCAGUCUAUGGCUGGGAGGGACAGGGGAAUGGCUUAUGACAUAGUAGUCCUGGCAUGGAGAGGUCCAUAAAACAUCCAUUCAGUUCUUUGGAUGAAAUUAUGAGCAUUGCCUUUUGAUGGUCAUGGCACUGGCAUUUGUUAUUAGAGGGAGUUCCUCAGCCACCCAGAAUGUUAGCUCAUGCCAUGGAAAGAAACGGUUGAUCAGGCCAUACACAGUGGUGGAAAAAGUACUCAAUUGUCAUACUUGAGUAAAAGUAAAGAUACCUUAAUAGAAAAUGACUCAAGUAAAAGUGAAAAUCACCCAAUAAAAUACUACUUGAGUAAAAGUCUAAAAGUAUUGUUUUAAAUAUACUUAAGUAUUAAAAGUAAAUGGAAUUGCUCAAAUGUAUUUAAGUAUAAAAAGUAAAAACCAUUUCAAAUUCCUUAUUUUAAGCAAACCAGACAGCACAAUUUUGUAUUUAUUUUAAAUUUACGGAUAGCCAGGGGCACACUCCAACGCUCAGACAUAAUUUACAAAUGAAGCAUUUGUGUUUCCUGAGUCCUCCAGAUCAGAGGCAGUAGGGAUGACCAGGGAUGCUCUCUUGAUACAGUGGGGGGAAAAAGUAUUUAGUCAGCCACCAAUUGUGCAAGUUCUCCCACUUAAAAAGAUGAGAGGCCUGUAAUUUUCAUCAUAGGUACACGUCAACUAUGACAGACAAAUUAAGGGGAAAAAAUCCAGAAAAUCACAUAGAAGGAUUUUUUAUGAAUUUAUUUGCAAAUUAUGGUGGAAAAUAAGUAUUUGGUCACCUACAAACAAGCAAGAUUUCUGGCUCUCACAGACCUGUAACUUCUUCUUUAAGAGGCUCCUCUGUCCUCCACUCGUUACCUGUAUUAAUGGCACCUGUUUGAACUUGUUAUCAGUAUAAAAGACACCUGUCCACAACCUCAAACAGUCACACUCCAAACUCCACUAUGGCCAAGACCAAAGAGCUGUCAAAGGACACCAGAAACAAAAUUGUAGACCUGCACCAGGCUGGGAAGACUGAAUCUGCAAUAGGUAAGCAGCUUGGUUUGAAGAAAUAAACUGUGGGAGCAAUUAUUAGGAAAUGGAAGACAUACAAGACCACUGAUAAUCUCCCUCGAUCUGGGGCUCCACGCAAGAUCUCACCCCGUGGGGUCAAAAUGAUCCCAGAACCACACAGGGGGACCUAGUGAAUGACCUGCAGAGAGCUGGGACCAAAGUAACAAAGCCUACCAUCAGUAACACACUACGCCGCCAGGGACUCAAAUCCUGCAGUGCCAGACGUGUCCCCCUGCUUAAGCCAGUACAUGCCCGUCUGAAGUUUGCUAGAGUGCAUUUGGAUGAUCCAGAAGAGGAUUGGGAGAAUGUCAUAUGGUCAGAUGAAACCAAAAUAUAACUUUUUGGUAAAAACUCAACUCGUCGUGUUUGGAGGACAAAGAAUGCUGAGUUGCAUCCAAAGAACACCAUACCUACUGUGAAGCAUGGGGGUGGAAACAUCAUGCUUUGGGACUGUUUUUCUGCAAAGGGACCAGGACGACUGAUCCGUGUAAAGGAAAGAAUGAAUGGGGCCAUGUAUCGUGAGAUUUUGAGUGAAAACCUCCUUCCAUCAGCAAGGGCAUUGAAGAUGAAACGUGGCUGGGUCUUUCAGCAUGACAAUGAUCCCAAACACACCGCCCGGGCAACGAAGGAGUGGCUUCGUAAGAAGCAUUUCAAGGUCCUGGAGUGGCCUAGCCAGUCUCCAGAUCUCAACCCCAUAGAAAAUCUUUGGAGGGAUCUUUGUUGCCCAGCGACAGCCCCAAAACAUCACUGCUCUAGUGGAGAUCUGCAUGGAGGAAUGGGACAAAAUACCAGCAAGAGUGUGAAAACCUUGUGAAGACUUACAGAAAACGUUUGACCUGUGUCAUUGCCAACAAAGGGUAUAUAACAAAGUAUUGAGAAACUUUUGUUAUUGACCAAAUACUUAUUUUCCACCAUAAUUUGCAAAUAAAUUCAUUAAAAAUCCUACAAUGUGAUUUUCUGGAUUUUUUUUCUUCUCAUUUUGUCUGUCAUAGUUGACGUGUACCUAUGAUGAAAAUUACAGGCCUCUCUCAUCUUUUUAAGUGGGAGAACUUGCACAAUUGGUGGCUGACUAAAUACUUUUUUCCCCCACUGUAAAUGUGUGAAUUGGACCAUUUUCCUGUCAAAAUGUAACAAGUACUUUUGGAUGUCAGGGAAAAUGAAUGAAGUAAAAAGUACAUUAUUUUCUUUAGGAAUGUAGUGAAGUAAAAGUUGGCAAAAAUAUAAAUAGUAAAGUACAGAUACCCCAAAAAACUACUUAAGUAGUCCUUUAAAGUAUUUUUACUUAAGUACUUUACACCACUGGCCAUACAUGACUGGAUUAUUUCCUUGGAUGUGGAACAGUGUCACUGACGUCUCUCGAUUUCCUCCUUUAACAGAUUUCAGGAUUCCCCCUGCAUCUUCCAUUCUCAGAGGUCCGGCCCAUUAUUGAGGCAGUCUACAGUACAGGAGUCCACAAUGUGGAGGCAUCCAAUGUGGAGUUUGCCCUGGCUGUUCAUGUCCAUGCCUACCCUAACAAUGUCCUGUCUGUCUGGGUUUACCUGGCCUCACUCAUCCGCACACGAUAACUCCAUUGCAGAGAUAUAGACAAGCUUGUUUUUCAUAAAUGCACUUUACGAUAUUGUUUAUCUGUAUGUUUAUGAAGAAAUGUUUAGAGCACAACUACCUUUUAGACUACAGUACGUCUACAUGCACAUGAAUAAUUCGAUAUUAAAAUGAUUAUGGCAGUA